GAGGAGUGUGUUUGACGAAGGCUGCUGAGCUUUGGCCGCCGAUCAGUCCGUCAGAAAGGCAAAAGCAGUCAGUGCUGAGGAGGCUCUCACUCGGCCAACACCGCCGCAGCCACCGCCGCUGCCCGACCGGACACACAGACACGCGCACCUCCAGCACCAUGGGCAGCUUCUUCCGCAGCGAGGAAAUGGUCCUGUGCCAGCUGUUCCUGCAGCCUGAGGCGGCCUACACCUCCAUCGCGCAGCUCGGCGAGAUGGGGGUGGUCCAGUUCAGAGACCUCAACACCGAAGUGAGCAGUUUCCAGAGGAAGUUUGUGUCCGAGGUACGAAGGCAUGACGAACUGGAGCGCAAACUUCGCUACAUCGAGACGGAAAUGGUCAAGGAUGGAUUCGAAAUUCCGGAAGCUCCCUCUGAUACAAAGGUGCCCAACCCCAGAGAAUCCGCCGAUCUUGAGAAUCAUUUAGAAAAAACGGAAUCUGAGCUACUCGAGGUCAGCCAGAACGCUGUGAAUUUGAAAAACAACUUCCUGGAGCUGACCGAGCUUCGCCACGUUUUGGAGAAAACCAAAGGCUUCUUCGACGAGCAAGAGAGCAGUGCACACGGCGAGUCUGGAAAGUCCCUGAUCCACGACGAGGCGGGCCAGCAGUCGACCCGCGCCAGAUUGGGCUUCGUGGCGGGCGUCAUCGAAAGGGAGCGGGUGCCGGCCUUCGAGCGGAUGCUCUGGCGCAUUUCCCGGGGCAACGUCUUCCUCAGGCAGGCUGAACUCAACGAUCCCCUCGAAGAUCCCACCACUGGUCACCAAAUCUACAAGACGGUGUUCGUGGCGUUCUUCCAAGGCGAGCAGCUCAAGUCGCGCGUUCGCAAGGUGUGCGCAGGAUUCCACGCCUCGGUCUACCCCUGCCCGCAUUUGCCUGAGGAAAGGGCGGCCACCUUGGAGGGAGUGCGCACCAGACUGGCGGACCUCAACAUGGUGCUGAAUCAAACGCAGGACCACCGUCUAAGGGUGUUGACAAGCGCGGCCAAGGACCUGCAGAUGUGGACCGUGAUGGUGCGCAAAAUGAAAGCCAUCUACCACGCGCUCAACAUGUUCAACAUGGACGUGACCCAAAAGUGCCUGAUCGGCGAGUGCUGGGCGCCCCUGGCCGACCUCCAAAGGGUCAGGCAGGCCCUGGCUGACGGCAGCAAAGAGGUGGGCAGCUCGAUUCCGUCGUUCCUCCAAGUGAUUGAUACUAAGGAGGUGCCGCCCACGUACAACCGUACGAAUAAAUUCACCAAAGCUUUCCAGAAACUGAUCGAUUCGUACGGCGUCUCCAGUUACGGUGAAGUAAAUCCAGCGCUUUACACCAUCAUCACGUUCCCAUUCCUCUUCGCCGUCAUGUUCGGCGACGCCGGGCACGGAUUGAUCGUCACCCUCUUUGGCUUGUGGAUGGUGCUCAAGGAAAAAAGUUUGAUGAAAAUCAAGACCAGCAGCGAGUUUUGGAACAUUCUUUUCGGCGGACGCUACAUUAUUUUGCUGAUGGGGCUGUUCUCGAUUUACACCGGAUUCAUAUACAACGACGUGCUUUCUCGAGGCAUGAACAUUUUCGGCUCCAGGUGGAUCAACCCUUACAACGCAACCACUUUGAGUGACAACGAAAACCUCGAAAUCAACCCUUACGAAGGCUAUCUAGGCACCCCUUACUACUUUGGAAUUGAUCCGGCUUGGAUGUUGGCUGAAAAUAAGAUCAUUUUCCUGAAUUCCUACAAAAUGAAAAUGUCCAUUAUUUUCGGGGUGGUCCACAUGAUUUUCGGCGUAUGCCUCAGCGUGGUCAACCACAGGCAUUUUGGCAACAAAAUAUACAUUCUGCUCGAGUUUGUGCCGCAGUUGCUGUUUUUGGUGCUGCUGUUUGCCUACAUGGCCUUCAUGAUGCUCAUCAAGUGGUGGCUCUACGGUCCUUUUGAUGAACAGAGGUGGUCGCCGGGCUGCGCGCCCUCCAUUCUCAUCACUUUCAUCAACAUGCUGCUACAGUCCAAGUCGGAAGUGCUCAAGGGAUGCGAAACUGAAUUCAUGUUCCCCUACCAGUAUUGGGUGCAAAUUGCGUGUGUGCUCCUCGCCGUUUUGUGCGUGCCUGUGAUGCUGUUUGGCAAGCCAAUCUACUUGUCUAUAAAGAACAAAAGAGCGCUGAAAAGAGAGUCCCUCCACGGUCACGAAAACCCACAGGGCAUCGAACUGUCUGAGGAGCUUGGCUUGAACCCUGAGCCGGCGAAAAAAGGGAUGGGCGGCCACGGCGGCCACGACGAUGACGAGGAAUUCUCGUUUGGGGAGGCCAUGGUGCACCAGAGCAUCCAUACCAUUGAGUACGUCUUGUCCACCGUGUCGCACACAGCGUCCUACUUGCGACUCUGGGCCCUUUCCCUCGCUCACUCGCAGCUGUCUGAAGUGCUGUGGACGAAAGUAUUGAAAAUAGGAUUGUCUAUUAAAGGCCCCGCCGGGCCCGUGGCAAUAUUUUUGAUAUUCGGCGCGUGGGCCUGUCUCACCAUCUCGAUUUUGGUCUUGAUGGAGGGGCUUUCUGCCUUCCUGCACACCCUCCGCUUGCAUUGGGUGGAGUUCAUGAACAAAUUCUACCAGGGUGAGGGCUACGCUUUCGCGCCGUUUUCCUUCAAGAAGAUCCUCAAACACGAGUCGAGCGAGGAAGACGCGUGAUUCAGGCGCACUUUGCUCUCUCACGAGACGGUCAUGCCAGUACUUUGAUAUCCGAUUUUGUCACACACGUAUUUUAUAAUUAUUUUUAUAUUACUGAUGUUGAUAUUCAGCGAUAUUUAGUCAUUCUUCUUGCCAUGUAGCGGUGAAGCAUUGGGCCAACUGUGUUUGUGUAUAUACUGCAAUAAAUUGUGAUGUAUUUUGAAUUUA